UGGCUGUCCAAGGAGGCUGGGCCCCGCCAUGGGCCAGACGGCAGGCGACCUUGGCUGGCGGCUCAGCCUUUUGCUGCUCUUCUUGCUUCUGGCUCGAGCUGGUGUCUGGGGAUUCCCGAGGCCCCCGGGGAGGCCCCCCCUGAGCCUGCAGGAGUUGCAGAGGGAGUUCAAGGUCAGCCUGCAUCUCGCCAGGAAGCUGCUCUCCACAGUUCGGUUCCAGGCUCAUCACUUUGCUGAAUCUCACCUGCCAGGAGUGAACCUCGACCUCCUGCCCCUGGGAGAGCAGCUCCCCAACGUUUCCACGACCUUCCGGGCCUGGCGUGGCCUCUCUGACCCAGAACGACUCUGCUUCCUCUCUCUGACACUUCGUCCCUUCUGUACCCUGUUGGGAGGGCUGGGGAGACAGGAGUUCUGGACCAGCUCAGAGAGGAUGCAACUGCAGGUCACGAGGUUGGAUCUCCGAGAUUUGCAGCAGCAUCUCCGCUUCCAGAUGCUGGCUGCGGGAUUCAACCUUCCUGAAGAGCAUGAGAAUGAGGAGGAAAAAGGACUGCUCCCAGGGGCUCUGGGCGCCCCCUUACAGAUAUCUGCCCAGGUAUCCUGGUCCCAGUUCCUCUACACCUACCGAUUGCUACACUCCUUGGAACUUGUCUUGUCUCGGACCGUGCGGGACUUGCUGCUGCUCUCCCGGGGCGGGAACUCAGUCCAGGCCUUGGGGUUCCCCACGCCCAGCUCCCAGCCCUGAUGGACUGACCUCUUAGCAGAACCCAUUAGGACUUGAGGACUGGAGUCUGGGGCAUCAGACAGCCUCCAGCUCAUUUGCCUUAGACAAGGCACGACCCCAUCCCAGACCCUACCCAAUAACUUAAGGCCCCUCCAGUCUUUAUCAGAUAUUUAUUUCUUAGAUAUUUAUUUAUUGUUUAGAAAAAUGAAGGUUUAUUUAUUGUUUUGGGGGCCUGCUAGUCAUCCUCAGACUAGGCCACCAUGCUGUCUAAUAAAGCACUCCCACCCUC